AUGAAAGGCCUAUAUGCGUCCAUGGGGCAACCCGGGGGGGCGUCAUUGAAUGGUGCGCCCGCUGGUAGCCCGUCCACUCAUGUCACUAUCAACGGCCUACUCGUGCCGAACACGGACUAUCCCAGUCCCACAUACGACAGCGCCGAGCACGGCCACUUCAAGCCAUGUCGGAUGAUUGGGGUCCCCAUCUAUAUUGAAGACGAGGACGGCAACGUCUUCACUAAUGGUGCCUACUCCGAACUGCGGCUACUCAUCAAGCGUCUCUUCCGUGAUCUAGUAGGCCACUCUCUAGAUUCCGAAACAUGGGGCUCAAGCGGCACGCACGCGACGCGCUAUGUGUAUUCGGAGGUCUACAAGGCAUUCCCGGUACUUGCCAAGUGCCAGGCCCAUUUCCGCCUCCAUGUCCUCCUCACUCGCAUGUAUCCCGACUUUACACGCCUCGAUGUUACCAAGGCUGCACGCGAGGCGGUCAAACAGGAAAAUGUCGAUGCAGCCAUCCCGGAGGGGUCAACAUCCAGCAAGAAGCGCCAGACUGCCUCUACCUCCCAGGCUCGCUCAUCCAAGCGUACGAAACAUACUCGCAAGUACCCUGAUCAGCCUGCGCACUCCUAA